GUGCAUCGCUUGGAAAAUGACGUCCAGGACUCAACACACAUCAACAACCAAUUCCAUACCUGCAUCUGCUAACAGGGUUGGGUGUUGACGACGAGCAGACGAGGGCGGACACAGGAUCUUGAAUACGACUUCACGACCCUUUGCAAGGACUCACGACCUCUGAGCGUUCUUUUCUGGAUAACUGAGCCGUGCGACGCCGCCUCAAAAAAAGGGAGCUUCUCGCUCAACAUGACUUCCCGACCUGAGCCGAGAAAGACGCUCUCAUCUACAUCCCUUGGGAGAAUGUAUCAUGGUCCGAAUGGAUCCCUUGGGCCACCUGGUCCGGAGGAGAUGAGCGAUCCGAAAUUGGACUUCUGCAACGCCUUUUGGGGCCAAGGAGAUAAAGGAUAUGAGGUGUUGAUGGCGCGGUUAAGAGGAGCAGGGAGGACAGUAGAAGAAUUGAGGCAAUUCUGGAAGGAAAGAGCGGCCAUCGAGGAGGACUACGCGAAGCGAUUGACCAAGCUGUCAAAAUCUGUCCUCGGAAAGGAUGAGAUUGGUGACUUGGCGGGAUCAUUACAACACAUAUUGAACGAGACGGAGGCUCAAGCUACAUACCACCAAUCACUGAGCACUGAAAUACGGCAGACUGUGGAGCAGCCUACUGCCGAGUUUGGUCUGAGACUCGGAAAUCUGAAGAGAGGUCUCCAAGCCAGUGUGGAGAAAGCCUACAAGAAUAAGGGCCUGCAGGAAGGGCACUUGGCAAAGGCCAAGGAGCGCUAUGAGUCCGACUGCUUGAAACUCAACUCCUAUACCGCAAAUUCAUCCAUGGUUCAAGGGCGAGAGUAUGACAAGGUCCAAUCCAAAUUGGAUCGAGUGCGGCAAACUAUCGGAUCGAACGAGCAAGAGUUCAAGCAGCUUGUCAAAGUGCUGGAGGGGACUCAGAGUCAAUGGGAGAGCGAGUGGAAGGGCUUUUGUGAUCAUGUUCAAGAUCUGGAGGAAGAUCGAUUAUCGCUCAUCAAGGAUAUCGUCUGGGCUUAUGCGAACGCAGUAUCCCAGGUCUGCGUCGACGAUGACAGUUCCUGCGAGAGAAUACGGGAAAAGCUCGAGCAAUUUGAGCCACAGAACGAUAUGUUGUCGUUUGUGAGAGGAUGGGGAACAGGUGACACGAUCUCAGAUCCUCCUCGAUUCAUAAAUUACGGCGCAGGCGAAACCUUUGCUUCUGGACCCACAUUCCACCACGCCAACUUUCGUCGAAUCUCCAGUCGGCCUCCCAUGUCAUCCACGUCUGCCACUGGCGGCCUGAAUGCGACACACGAUGCUCCUGCGAUGAAUGGAGACUCCAGCCGAGCCAUACCCAACAUUGGUGGUUUAAACAUCUCGGAGCCUACUCCGUCACCCUCCAUCGAGAAGAAGACGCCAUUUGGAGGAGUCGCUUUACCAGGCAUGGCGGCACCGAAACUGCCCAACUUUGCCCAGACCUCUGCUCCACCUCAAGUCGACAAGUCUAUGCCUCCUCCGCCGGUUCCAAGCGCGUCAGAGAUUCGCUCGCCUCCUCGUGCUGGCAAUGCGACCCCCAUUCACGAUGAUGACGAUCCCAUGGCGAAAGCUCUGGCUUCGCUGCGACGAGAACCUCCCCCUCCGGAUAGCAUAAGACGCAACCAAUCGCAUCGUCGCACCGAUUCGCUGUAUUCAAAUACCGGCUCACAACGUGGAGGAGGAAUCGCCAGCCAAGGUAUCAAAUCGCCUUCUUCUCCUGCUCCUGGACCUACAAUAAGCGCCGGAGCCUUUACAUCCUCGUCGCCGAUGCCUGCUCAACCUUCAUUCAGCCAGCCUCCACGUCAACCCUCGCCAGCGCCACAGAGGCAACCUUCCCCUGCGCCUCAGCGACAACCCUCCCCUCAACCUCAAUAUCAGCAACCCGCCCGCCAGCCUUCUCCUUCACCUCAGAGGCAGUACACGCACCAGACGCAGGACAGUCUGGCUUCUCAUCGCUCUUUGGAGUCAUCUUCCCUGAUUCCUCCUGCUAGUGGUCAUACAGCUGCGGCACUCGCCAAGUCGAUGGACGACUUUCAGCGCCAGGCCUCUCGAGACAAAUCUAGACAAAGUGUCAACUAUUCCGGGUUUGCAGAUGAUAUCGUCGGUGCUCAUCCCUCUUCUCGGCCCGCCACACCAAGUGCUCCCGCACCUGUCAACAGGGCGCCUAGUCCCGCAAUGAUGCAAGCGCCUGUUCAGCCUGCUACGCAUAUAGCCGACGAGGUAUUGUCGCAAUAUCACCAGGCGUUCCCUGGGGAGAGAAGUCGAUCUCGUGCCAAUUCCGCAGCUGGCUCUAUCAUUUCUUCAAGAUCUCGUGCCAACUCUUUCACUUCGCAGGCUCCUCCUGCUCCUGUGCAGCAGCAACAAGCUCCACCAACAUCCUCCCCAUCCGUUCCCCGUGACGGCUUCGCAGGUAUAGGCGCACGAGGUAGAAGUCCAUCCCCUCAGCCUCCCCAGUUCAGGUCUCCGAGUCCGAGUCCAAUCGCUCCUCAGGGAUCUUUGGGUCCUCAGAACAUUGGCAUUACGCUCGACGAGCGGGGAGGUGUCGCGCAUGAUUCGAUGGCCGAAGCGUACAGGCGACAAUAUGAGCAACAGCAAGCGCAGCAAAAAGCGGAACAAAGACAGUCUCAACCGCCUCCCUCCCAAUCAUAUCAGCCGUUCGGUUAUCAGCAAUCACAGUACGGUCAGCAACAGCCUGCUCCGCCUGGCAACAGGCCCGUGUCGAGUUACGGAGGGUCUCAAGCAGGUUAUGGGCAAGGGAUGAUGCAGUCGCCUCAACAGCAACAGCCACCACCUUCUCAGAGCUUCAUGCAGAGUCCCACUCAACCCACAUAUCAGCCUCAACAACAGCCCCCUCCACAACCUCAACAGCAGUUUUAUCCUUCGUACGGGUCUGUGCAGCAACCACCGCAGCAGCCGGUUUCCUCGCCUCCACCGCAACAGCCAUUUCAGCAGCAACAGAAUGGUUAUCAGCAACAACCAGCUCAUCAGUAUGGUUAUCAGCAGCAGCAGCAGCAGCAGCAGCAGCAGCAGCAACAGCCACCACCACCGCAGCAGCAGCAGGCUCAACAAUACGGUCGCGGACCUUCCCCUGCGCCGCAAAUCCAACAACAACCAGCAGGCUUCGGCUACGGACAACAACAUCAGCCCGGUCGUUCGCCCAGUCCUCAACCCCAGCAAGCACCACCGAACCCCACGCCGACGGGACAAUGGUCGACGACCGGUCAGCCAGUGUUGUUCUAUGUCAAAGCCUUGUACGAUUACUCUGCACAGUCACCUGCCGAGUUUGAUUUCCAGGCUGGCGACAUUAUCGCGGUGACUUCGACGCCGGACGACGGGUGGUGGUCAGGUGAACUGCUCGACGAAGCGAGACGUAUACCGGGACGUACUGACUUCCCGAGCAAUUUCGUCUGUCUGUUCUGAUGGGAGAGAGAGAGAGAGAGAGAGAGAGAGAGAGAGAGAGAGAGAGAGAGAGAGAGAGAGAGAGAGAGAGAGAGAGAGAG